UGACUCUUGGAAGGUGGGAGUCAAACCUGACCUGUAGGUUUACGUUUACAGCUCCGGGUAUUCCGGUGCUCCUUCGAUCGACAGUCUCGUAUAGAAAGUCGGUGAACGACCAUAACUACAAUUUUUUUUUUAAACAAUAAUAAUGUGACUAUUUGUGAAGUGCUUUUCAAAUGCCUCGAUGAUCAUGGAUCCACCCGAGGAUAUUCCCUUCGAAUACAGUUAAAAAAAAAAAAAUCAAAAAUGUGACACGAAUCAAUGUUUUUGAAAAUAAUUGAUUUGCACAAAAAAUAACUAUUUUUAGUUAUUUUUUUUUUUUAAUAUAAAAAAAAUCAAAAUAAAAAAAAAGAAAAUUUAUUUCUUUUUUUUUGAGAGAAAUUAAAAUCAUGUUUUUGUCUACAAUAUGUCUGUCUUUCCUGAUCUCUUUCACUUUUGCAACACUAAAUCCCGAUGGCUUGAAAUGUGGACAAAAGAAAUGUUCACCAUCGGAAUAUUGCAGUCCCUUUGACACACAAUGUCGGCCAUGUUCUGUUAUUUGUAAUUCAACAAGCCACAAUCAUCAACCGGAAUUGUGCACAAAGGACUGUCAAGAGUAUCUACACGACCAAAGAUACGUUCUUAGGACAGAUUUGAAAUUGGAAGGUGAACUGCGAGAGGAAAUUCAGAGGCAAAGGACACUACUCAAGAUAUCAUUGUCACUCACUUGCCUUUCCUUACUGGCAAUUAUUUACUUAUUAGCGAGAACGUUAAUUAAGUGGCAAAAAGUUAAAACCUUCCUUCAAAAGACUUUCAGGAAAAAGUGGCCGCAGAAAGUGAAAAAGCAUAGGAACAAGGUUCGCGAUGACGUGGAAAAUGGAACGAUUAAACAAAAUGGAUUAAAAUUAACAAUGCCAACGAUAAGUGGUAGUGUUGCAGCAUCGGAAAUUAUUAAUAAUGACGAUGGCACACCAAGUACAGCAAGUACUGAUUUAUCAAAAAAUAAUGCAUGUGAAGAUAAUGCAUUGGAUUAUGCUUAUGAUAAUUUAGCAAUGACACCAAGUCCCGAUACAUCACAAUCAAGAAAUAAAAGGGAAAGUUCUUUAUGAAAUUUACUUAAAAAGGUUCGUUUUCACGAGCCUUUUAUUAUUCGCAAAAAUCGAAAAAUCAUUCCAAUUUUAAAUAAAAGUACGACUGAUUUGAUAAUUAAUCAUCAAAAUCCCUCAACUUCUAAUAAAAUUGAAGAAUCGAAGAAUUAAUUUUUUUUUAAAUUCAGAUACAAUUUAGAAAAUUAGAAAAAAAUUUGCCAAGAAAAAAAAAUUCCAAAAUUGAAAUUUAAAAUUCUAAACAACUUUUUUUAUAAAAUUAUUCUUUUUUUUCUACAAUUUUUUGAUAUAAAAUUUUUAUUAAAUUUUCUAUAUACAGAAAAAAGAUUUUCAUAAAAACAAUUUUUACGAUUUGAUAUAUAAAGGUAUUUUAAUACGCGAUUUUUAAAAAAAAAAUUAGUCGUUACUAUUCAUCGCAGGAAUAUUGAAUAAUCAAUUUAUGUGCAUUGUAAAAUAUUUCAUUAAUUAUUAAUAUAAAUUAGUAUUAAAAGACAGAAUAUAUAUCAAAAAAAAAAAAAAAAUAGAGAUAGUAAACGUAUUCCGAAUUUUAAAAAGCUCAUAUUUACGUAUACAAUAAAAAAUAUUAACGGUUUACUAAAAUGAGAGCGUAUUUUCAAGGGAACCGUGCGGCUGUGUGACUUAAUAUUAUUUAUUUUAAUUCACUAUAAUAAUGAUAAUUCCUAUUAAAAAAAAAUCAAUAUAAAUAUAUUUGCAUCAAAAUAUUUAAAAAUUUAAUUUUUAUAACAAACAGAAUAAAAAUAAAACACAAAAAUUUAUUAAGUAAAAUAUUUAUCAAAAUUUUUUAAAUUGAAUUUUUAUAACAAAAAGAAUAAAAAUAAAACAAAAAAAUUUAUCAAGUAAAAUAUUUAUCAAAAUUUUUUAAAUUUAAUUUUUAUAACAAAAAAAAUAAAAAUAAAUUUACAAAAAAGAGAGGAAUAUUUAUUUAUCGAAAUUUUUAAAAUUGAAUUUUUCAAACAAAAAAAAAAUAAUAAAAAGAGAUUUACAAAAAAGAGGAAUAUAAUUAUAUUUAUCGAAAUUUUUAAAAUUGAAUUUUUCAAACAAAAAAAAAAUAAAAAUAGAUUUACAAAAAAGAAAAGGAAUUUCUCAGGUAAAAUAUUGAAAUAUUUUUCUAAAACAAAAAAAAUUUUUUUUAAAUUAUUAAAAUUUAAAUAAUUUAAUGUUAAUUAUUUAUUUUAAUAUAAAGGCGAAUAAAUUAUUGUUUCUUUAAUAGGAAUUAUUUUUAAUUAAUCGAGAAAAAAAAAUGUUCUUUCGUUUAUUGUUCCAACCUGUACAUAUAUAUUAUAAUUAUGAUAAGACUAGAAUUUAAAGGUGAUAAAGUAGAAUUUAUCUAUUAUUCCCUAUCAGCCAUUCCGUCCAUGAAAGGCCUUCGGAGCAAAAUCGAACGCAAGUAGUUCGAUUUGCAUAGGUCAGUUACGUUACACAUAAAAGUUUUUUUUUUUUCUUUUUAAGUAGUAGUAAACCAAAAAAAAAAAAAAAUGAAAAAUUAGAUGAGAUAAUAAAAACAUUCAAUGACUCAGUGCAACUUUGCUUGAAUUGUUAAAAAAAAGAGAAAAAAAAAUUUAUAGCGCACAAUUAAAAUGCCUCUUAAUCAAAAAAAAAAGCUCAACUCGUAUUCAACAGUAUUUCACGCAAUGGAAAAUUUGCAUUUUUAUAAAAAUUAUUCAUAUUUUUUCUAGUAAAAUAAAAAAAUACGCAAAUUUUCACGCUCAAAAUAGUUCAUACGAAGUAUUUGCUCAAAAUUCUACUCUUUUAGUUUUUAAAUUUUUUUCUCAAUUUCAAUUUUUCAAAUAAAUAAUUCAUAUUAAUUAAAUAAUAAUAAUUAUUUAUUUUGUAUUUUUUUUUAAAUGUUUGGCGUAUUAAAUAAAUAAUAAUUAAUAAUCAUUUUAAUUUUUACAAUUUAAAAAAAAAAAUUUUUUUAACAAUUCAAAAUAAAAGAAUAAAAAAGGGGCAAAGUCAAAAAUUUCAAAGUGCCUUUUCAAAAGUGCCCCCGCAACUUUUAGAUGUAACGUCAACUGGCCUUAGUUUUCUUUUAGAAUUAAUGCAUUUACAUCAUUCAUCAGUAUUUAUUGUAAAAAAAAAAAAAAAAAAAUUAAAUAAUCAUCGUACUUAAUCCGCACAUUUAAGAUUUUAUUUUUAAGUUUUUAAAUGUACAUUCGAACUCUAUAUAUUUAUAGUUAUUAUUAUUUUAUCAUUUUUAACAGCGAUUGGUUCUUAAAGGGACCAAGGUCUUCCAGAAUUGAGGAUAUUAUUAUUAUUAUUACUAUUUUUUGCCCCAUGUUGCUUUUUCUAGUAACUAGGAUAUUAUUUUAUAAUACCAGUGUGUAAAUAAUUAUUUUAUACUAUAGACAAGUGGCCUUAGAAAAAUGCUUCUUUUUUUAUUUUCAUUUCUAAAUUGAAAAAUUUUUUUUAAAUAUUUUUUUUAUUAUUUUUAAAUAAUCGAAUAAAA